AUGACCAAAGCUACCCCUAAUCCUGUCGAAUACACCUAUGGCGCACGGAACACGGGCUCAACGGCUCAUUCAAUCCCCCACCCCGAACCCAUCUCCGCCAUCACCGUGCACAUAGCAGGCCUGCUGGUCACUGUGUUCGGGCUAUCAGAACUUCCUCCUCCCAGCGAAACCACCUGCGUCUCUGCGCUAUGGCUGCUCCACCCUCGGCUUCAAACGAAAGCUUGCAUGGCCCCGUUCGGCGCACAUUUGAUCACAGAGUGGAACACCCACCGCAAGAAGAAGUCAAGACAACGAGGCCUGAUAGCCAUUUCAUUCGACCAACGGAAUCACGGGUCCCGCCUUGUGUCUCCCCUCGCAAAUGAAGCAUGGCGCAGUGGUAAUGACAAACACGCCCUGGACAUGUAUAGCAGCUACGCGGGAACUGCGGCCGACACCUCCUUACUCCUCGACUAUCUACCAGGCUACAUCUUCCCGCAUUCGGAGCGCACAAUUGACCACAACAUUGUGCUGGGGAUAUCUCUCGGCGGGCACGCGGCCUGGCAUGUGAUUAUGCAAGACCCGCGAUUCAGCGCCGCAAUCCCCGUCAUCGGUUGUCCGGACUAUGCACGGCUGAUGGCCGACCGCGCGCGACUGAGCAAGCGGAAACACUGGCUCGAAACACAGGGGAGGCAUUUCCUGGGGAGCCCCGAUUUCCCGCCGAGUCUGCUGGAGAUUCUUAGACGGACGGACCCCGCGAGCCUGGUGGCCAGUUGUUUACGAGAUACACCGCGUGAGCAGGCGUGGUCUGUAUUAGAGGACACUGACGGCGACAAGGCGGCUCUUGCGCCGCUGAUGGCGCGGUGUUUCGGGAAUAAGCGCAUAUUGGUGCUUUCCGGCGGUGCAGACAAAUUGGUCUCGUACGCGCAUAGCAAGCCCUUUCUGGACUGGUUGAAGGGCUCCGCCGCCGAAGGUGGCUGGUUCGCGGGUGGGGGUCUACAUCUGGAAGAUUAUGUGUAUGAGGGCAUUGGGCACGAGGUCCCAGGAACCAUGGUGGCCCAGAUGGUCAAGUUUGUCAAUGAGACUCUAGACACUACUAGCACUGAAUCUCACUUCUCCUUGGGAUCCACUGUUGGUGUCUUCCAACAGCAUGGAAAGGUUGGUGACAGUAAGAUAUGA